UUUGUGACCGACGCUAAGGAAGCUGUAAUACAAAGCGUUGCAAGGAACGGAAGCUCUGGAAGCCAAAACAGUACGCGGGUACUCGCGCCUCUUCUGUCGUCCGCUGGAUUGAAACCCGUUUUAGUGUUUAACAGGAAAAACAAAACAUAAGCCUUCACGGUUCCCGAAUCAUUCGCGCUGCUGUCGUUUCCGUUCCUGUCCAAAUAUGAACGUCGAGGAGGAGGUGUUUCGGAUCCAGAAAAAGCUGGGCAAAAUGACCUCCCUAUCGGAUGGAUCGGGCCAAGAGCAAGCACUCGAUUUGCUUCGUGAGCUCCAGCGACUCAACAUCGACCUGGACAUACUGACGAAGACGCGCAUUGGCAUGACCGUGAACGAGUUGCGCAAGUGCAGCAAAGACGAUGAGGUAAUCAGCUUGGCCAAAUCCCUCAUCAAGAGCUGGAAGCGGUUCCUCGCCGGAACGCCACCCUCAAAAGACAGCUCGAAGGAUUCUUCCAAGUCGUCGAGCAAAUCGUCAAGCAAGUCGAGCAGCAAAUCCUCGGACGGCGGCAACACAGGAGUUGGUGGGGGUGGCGGUGGUAUCCCUGGUGAAAAGACAGCCAGCGGAGGCGGUGCCGGUGGGGGCGUCGGAGGUAACAAGAAGGAUUACGACCGGGAGAAGGAAAGCAAAAUAAAAGCCCCACCUGCCAGUAGUGUGUCGUCUCAGUCGAGCAACACGACGGACGCGGUCCGGUUGAAGUGCCGCGAGAUGUUGGCCAACGCGUUACGCGUAGAAGGAGAGCCACCUGAGGGAUGUCAAACACCGGAAGAGCUAGGCGAGGAGUUAGAGGAGGCGAUCUUCGUUGAGUUCAAGAACACCGACAUGCGGUACAAAAACCGGGUUCGGUCACGUGUUGCCAAUCUGAAGGAUCCGAAGAACCCGAACCUGCGGGCGAACUUCAUAAGCGGCGCCAUCACUGCCCAGCGGCUCGCAAAAAUGACCUCGGAGGAGAUGGCGAGCGAUGAAAUGAAGCACCUGCGCGAUCGGUUCGUGAAGGAAGCGAUCAACGACGCUCAGCUAGCGACGGUGCAAGGUACCAAGACGGAUCUACUGAAAUGCGGCAAGUGCAAGAAGAGAAACUGCACGUACAAUCAGCUGCAAACGAGAAGCGCUGAUGAACCGAUGACUACGUUCGUGAUGUGCAACGAAUGUGGCCACCGUUGGAAGUUCUGCUAGGCGAGUUUCCUGCGAUUCUGAGGCGUGGCGAUGUUGCGCCUCCCGAUCUUUGGUUUCUCACCGUUAAGGACGAGCGGUACGGCGUUAUGCAACAGAACGUCUUUCUGUUACGAUCGCCGGUGAUCGACGGUUAUUAUUCACUUGCUAUAACUACUUAUAGGAGGCGGUUUUAAAUUAAACGAGCUGAACAGAACGGUUGUACGAGAAAUCGAGAUGCUAACGGUUCCCACGUGUGCGCCUGAUAUGUCGGCUCAACCAUGCGGACGCAGCGAUCGCUUUAGUAAUUAUUAUUUCCAAAACGAUCCUCUUCGUUUUAGCGUCUCUCACUCUCUAUCGUAUAAGUGAUAGGGGUUUCCACUGGCCUUUGUAAAGCUACCAUGCCGGAGCUAGAAUACCGAGCACGUCCUGUAGCUGAACGUCGUACUAUUUUAGCUGUUAAAUUUUGGAAGUUCUGUGUGACGUGUUGCGCCCUGCGUUUCUGCUGCAAGGCAUCAGUUAAAUUAUCUUUUCCAAAACGCUACCCGAUGCAUGUCGCGUUCAUCCUCUGAGAAGGCAAAGAUCGUAUCGUGUGCAAAACACAAAGUAACACUAAACUGAUGAGAGGGCCGAACGAUCUCAAACGAACCUUAAUGUAACAGCUGCGGUCAAGUGGAGAGCGGAAUAUUAGAAGAGAACGUAGGUUGUGUAUGUUUCCGCGCAGGCCCCCAUCCCCACAUAGUAACAAUCCUUAGGCUAGGGAAAAGUAAUGUGCGCAACAUGUGCACGCGUCUGCUAGCUGAAUAGUGGAAGGAAACGUUUGCUGGCGAGAAAUGGAACACAAAAACACAAUAUUAGUGUAGUUGUACAUAAACAGUAAGUGGAGUGUAACGAUGUUGCGUCACGUUUUACUAGAUAAAACCGCAUGUAAAGCGAUGUAGUGUGAAUGCGUGCGUGUUGUACCAUGGAAAAUGGAUAAAAUGGGUUUUCAUUUUCGUCCUGGAAACGGUUAUCCGAACAUGGGAAAUGGUGCACACCGCGCCCCUGAAAUAUACGGUUGGAGGGAACCGUAGUAACAAACUUCAUUGGCUUUAAUUUACUCAUUUUACCUUGGCAACAUUUAGUUCCCGUUAGACAAUCGAAAUAAAUACGAUUUGCAUCGUA